GGCAAGACCAAGAUGGGUAUCGACAUCGCCAAGCACCAUGUCAGGAAGGGCAACCGUACGGCCCCCGUGAGCGAGGAUCCUUAUCUCCUCUUGCUCGUGAAGCUUUACCGCUUCCUCGCCCGCCGCACGGACUCCAAGUUCAACAAGGCGAUCCUCCACCGCCUUUUCCUUUCCAAGAUCAACCGACCCCCACUCUCUCUCUCUCGCAUCUCCAAGGAGACUGCGAACGUCGAGGACCGCUCAUCAAAAAUCAUCGUCCAGGUCGGCACCGUUACCGAUGACGUUCGUCUGCAGGAGGUCCCCAAACUCUCCAUCGCCGCUCUCCGGUUCACCCAGGCCGCUAAGGAACGGAUCCUUAAGGCUGGCGGUGAGGUCCUUACCUUGGACCAGCUCGCUCUACGAGCACCAACAGGCUCCAACACUGUCCUCUUGAGGGGUAAGAGGAAUACGCGUGAGGCUGUCAAGCACUUCGGCAUGGGACCCCACAAGAACAAGAAACCAUACACCCUGUCCAAGGGUCGCAAGUUCGAACGCGCUCGUGGUCGCCGAAAGUCUCGUGGCUUCAAGGUCUAGACGACCUACAAAACCGACGUCGAGUCGGUACAUGGGCAUGUGGGGCCGAGAGGUUGCUGUAUGCGAUAUGGGCCUUGUCUUUCUCCGCGUUAUAUACUAUCAUGAGCUCAAGCAAUCUGUAUGCAUUACGAUCACUCGGACGCCCAUCUCGCGGUAUCAUCUUAUUCGCGUUGUUAUCGUCGAUGAAGAUGACAAGAGCGACACAGAACCUCUUUGAUUGUAUCCAAUGACAAGCGAAUGUGACGAGAUUGCCACUCC